UAGCCGAGUCAGGCGGGGAGGGGCGCGGAGUCCUUCCGCCCUUAGGAGGGGCUGCAUUGCAGGGGGAGACUGAGCAGACUGUCACUGACGAGCGAGAGGGAGCGAGAAGACAAAGCCGGCAAAGCCCCCACAGCUGCCUUUCUCUCCAGCCCAGAGCAGGCACCGGGAGCCCCGGGGUCCUCCCUCCAUCUUUGGAGCACACUAGUAAUUCAUUGAUAACAGGAAGUUAUGAGGGACCCUGUGAGUAGCCAGUACAGCUCUUUUCUUUUCUGGAGGAUGCCCAUUCCAGAAUUGGAUCUGUCGGAGUUGGAAAGCCUGGGUCUGUCAGAUACGUCCACCUACAAGGUCAAGGACAGCAGCGUUGGCAAAAUGACCGGGCAAGCAACUGGAACAGAGCAGGAGAAAAAUCCUGAAGACGAUGUCCUCCUCGAGUACAGCACCUUCAACUUCUGGAGAGCUCCCAUUGCCAGCAUCCACUCCUUUGAACUGGACUUGCUCUAAGCCCAAGACUCCUCUCUCCCACCACUUGGCCCUUAUUGUCUUCCCUUUCAAACCCUUUCCUUUCCAUCCUUUUCCCCUAUCAAUCUUGCUUUCUCUCCUCCACUGUGUUGAGGUGGUGCUGAUGAAUCUGCCAGAGUUCUGUACUUAUUUAUUUGUUUGUUUGUUUAUUUAUUUAAAGUAUUUUUUCCAGUUUCUGGGGGGUGUCAAGAGCCCUCAAGCCACAAAGUAAAGGAUUCAAGCAAUGGAGUACUUAGCAACUGGGUCACAGGGAUACCUCCUCUCCACCCCGUAUUAAUUCCAGAAAACAGGCCUGAUGGGGGCACCAGAGAGUAAUAGUAUAAUAGAAGGACUGAUACAUUUUUUUUUUUAACCUCAUUUUAAUUAGCUUUAGAGAUUGCUCAAACCUUCCUAAUUCCCUGCUCCAGACCAGUAAACGCAAAUAUUUCUUCAAGGUUUGAUGAAUGCCUUGUAAGUUAUAAUUUCAGAUUACCUGCUACAAGACAGUAGGAUUUCUAAAAGAAUAAGGUGAUAAGACACUUGCUUUUUCUGAAUUGGUGGGUAAAUGUAUAACACAAAAGGAAAUAAUAUGUCUUGGAAAAUGAAAAUAGGGGAAGCUCUGAAUCAUUUCAGGAACAGUUACACUCUCUCAAAAGGAUGUUUCUUAAGUCUACUCACUUUAUAAUUUUCCUCCUAACUGUG